CCAGUUUACCAAUACGAAAUAGAUAUAAUCUUUAACAGAUAAAGGGGAAGAAUUUUUUAACAAUAAAAAUACGUAUCUAAUCGAAUUACUGUCAAAGAUUGAACAUGGGGUCUGGUUUUCGUAUUGCAUUAAUACAAUUGGCAGUUGGUGCUAAUAAAAUCGAAAAUUUGACAAGAGCGGCUAAAUUAGUUAAAGAAGCCGCAUCUAAAGGAGCCAAAUUAAUAUCGUUACCAGAAUGUUGUAAUUCACCCUACGGUAAUGAUUAUUUCCCUCAAUAUGCUGAACCUAUUACUGGAGAAUCAAUUCAAGCAUUCUCUAAGAUGGCAGCUGACAAUAAAAUUUAUUUAAUUGCUGGAUCUAUUCCGGAAAAAGAUGGUGAAAAGUUAUUCAACACUUCAACAAUCUUUAAUCCAAAAGGUGAAAUGAUAAAUAAAUAUCGUAAAAUGCAUCUUUUCGAUAUCGAUAUACCUGGAAAGAUAACAUUUCAAGAAUCUAAAACCCUCUCUCCUGGAAAUGAUAUUACUGUUGUGGAAACGCCUUUUUGUAAGUUUGGCGUUGGGAUAUGCUAUGAUCUAAGAUUUCCAGAAAUAGCUCAAAUUAUGGCAAAGAAAAGUUGUCAUUUACUCAUUUAUCCUGGAGCAUUCAACAUGACCACUGGACCUGCUCACUGGGAAUUAUUAGCCAGGAUGAGAGCCCUGGAUAACCAAUUAUACGUUGCUACAGUCUCUCCUGCAAGGGAUAAUGAUGCAUCAUACAUAGCUUGGGGUCAUUCUACGUUAUGCUCCCCAUGGGGAGAAGUAAAAGCUGUUGCUGGCGCUGACGAAACUAUCAUUUAUGGCGACAUAGAUUUAGAUUAUAUCAACCAGAUACGAAAUCAAAUUCCCAUAUCGAAACAAAGACGUCACGAUAUUUACGAAGUUAAAGAAAAGUAA